AGCACCUGUUGGGAUAGGACUUGUGGCUGGGAUAGCCGUGCCCGCCAUGAUCAUAGGAAUACCUGUAUGGAUCGGGAGAAAGCUCCAUGCUAAAUACCAGCAUGCUCCUAAACACAAGAGGAAUUUGAUAAUGACAGGUGGGGUGUCUGCCUCCAUCAUUUUGUCACCUAUAUUGGCUGGUCUGGCAGUGGGCAUAGGCGUUCCAAUCCUGCUGGCCUAUGUGUAUGGGGUGGUCCCCAUCUCCCUGUGUCGCAGCGGUGGCUGUGGGGUGUCUACUACGGGGGACGGAGGGGUCCGCUUUGAGUUUGACGAUGACCAGGAGGUGACUGUUGGUGUGUCUGGACCCUAUGCUGGAGACAGUCAGAGUGUAGACACAGGUCACCCUAGUCUUGCCAACCCCAGUAUAGGCCCCAGUAUUGGAGAGGCCUCUGUAGGGAUGACCAACAGCCUCAGUGCCAGCGGCAGUCACAUUGACAGGGCCGGGGUGAUCCGGGACGAGCAGGAGUGCGACCGCGACUCGUCCAGUAACCGCGCCCUGGCUGGCUCUGUGUUGCUGGACGGGAGUCUGUCGGGGAGUGCCGUGGCGGGACCCAGUGGAUUUUCCAACAGGUGA